GGCCUGGCAGCUCCGCUCUGCAGCUCAGCCACAAAGUUGCAGAGAGCGUCUCCCAGUCCCACCGCCCGCCUCCUCUAGGUAUCUGUCACACCUGCGGAGCUGCCUCUCUCCUCCACCGACCGUUUUACUUGACUUCAGACCUCUGCCUGAAGCGAUCCGAGGUGCGUCUCGACUCGUCUCCCUCUCCAUCGAAGAUGCUGGCUUGUACGGAGAUGAUCACUAUGUGCCUGCAGUCGGCCAAACAGAAGCAUCUCCUGGCUCAGCAGCAGCAGCAGAAGCCGCUCCACACCGCCGGACAAGGGCUUACUAUCUUCCACGAUAUUUUCCGCCGAGCGGACAAAAACGACGACGGCAAGCUGUCAUUUGACGAGUUCAAUGCUUACUUUGCCGACGGGAUCCUGACCACUGAGGAGCUCCAGGAACUUUUCUACUCCAUAGAUGGCCGACAAAAUAACAAUCUGGACACUGGCAAGCUAUCAGAUUAUUUUUCUCAGCACCUGGGGGAGUAUCUCAACGUGCUGUCGGCUCUGGAGAGCCUGAAUAUUGCCAUUUUAAAGGCAAUGGAUAAAACUAAAGAGGAGUACCAGGGUUCCAGCGUGUUGGGCCAGUUCGUCACCAGGUUCAUGCUAAGAGAGACGUCCAGUCAGCUGCUGUCUCUACAGAGGUCACUGCAGUGCGCCAUGGAGGCCGUGGAAGAGCAGAGCAGCCCUGCCCCGAGGGAGGUGAAGGCACCGGAGCUGACAGCGGUCCAGAGGAAUGGCAGGCGGUGCGGUCGCAGGGUCCACAAUAACCUGUGCAUGUCGCCAUCAGAUCCCUGCUCUGGCAUCCUGACCACAGGUGUGAACAUGGAAGAUGGAGAGAACUGGUGCUCUCAAAUCAACAGGCUGCAGCAGCUGCUGGAUAAACUGGAGUGUCAGGGUCCCAAACUGGAGCCGCUGAAAGAGGACACGCUGGCCGGCACGUACAAGUCCAACAUCCUGCUGGUCCAGAGGCAGAUGUCGGUGACGGACGAAAAUCUCGACGACUUUCGGAAAGUUCUGAAGGGCUACGUCACCGCCACCUCGGCCCACUCUGACAACCUGCACGUGUCCGUUCAGAAGCUCCCGGGAAAGUCGUGUUACAUAAUGUAUGAGUUCUGGCAAGACCGCCUCUCCUGGAUGAGCUACCUGCAGUCCAACGACAGUAAAGACUUCCAGCGCUGCACCAUCGACAUGUUGGAGGAUCCUGAAGUAGUUUCUACCAUGUUGCUCCCAGCUUCCUGGUGGAUCAUGACUAACAACUAACAACCGAAUCCAGAAAGUCACAUCUACAGCCUACACUGUCACACGGACAAGGACACACUGGCGCGUCAACACAACCCGCACACACGCACAUACAUGCAUACACACACGCGCACACACACUCAGAGGAAUUCAAAAAGGCAUCCAUUUGCGUUUGAAAAGCAACAGGAGACACAGGCGGCGACGGCGUCACCCAGCGUUCUCCGGCAGCCUCGUUUAAUGUCCCUCUAUCUUCGACCGCUCAUUAUCGUGCCGCUUAUAUCAAAAAAGGGAUAGUUGCACCAGGUGGUGACCGAUUCUCCGCCAAGCAAACGCCAUUUUUUUAUUUGAAUUAUUUUGAAUAGAACUCUCUCUCUCUCUCUCUCUCUCUCUCUCUCUCUCUCUCUCUCUCUCUCUCAUGCUAUGGCCUCCUCCUCUCUCUCUCUCGCAGUGUUCGUCUGAUAUUUACGCCAGUGGAGGACAGCCAAAUAAAAAAAAACAAAAGAUGCUAGCAUAGGCUGCUACAGCAAAUCCAACCGAGAUGAAAAAAUAGCAUUGCCAGUAGUGUUUCGUGUUUUUUGAUGAGUUGUUAACUGUGAAUUAAAUGCGAGUGAAUAGCGAAGAAGAAGAUGAGGAGGAGGACGAGGAGGCGCUGCAGCCUUAAAUGUGCAUGCCGACAAAUGUGGCCGAGAGUAGUUCCUGGUCUGUAAAUGCUGUAUGAUACUGUAACACUGUUUUUUUUUUCUCUCAUUGAGCUCGUCAUGUGCACAGGAUGCCAAAAAAAAAGAAGAAAAAAAAGAAAGGAAAAAUGCUUAAAAACAGCUCCACACCUGCCCGGACAUCUAUCUAUUGCUAGAGUAUAUUAGUUACACCUCCUUGCCGCUCGACGGGACGCGCGCUCUCUUCGUCAUAUGUUAAGAAUAUCUCUGAAAAUGAAGAUGAAAUAUAUUUAAUGUAUCAUGUAUUUUAUUUUGAUCAUGGUAGAGUUUAUUCCAUCUUGUACAUAUGGGACUCGGAUAUGUUCCUGUUUCUGUUGUGUUUUGGAUCAGUAAUGUACAAUAAAAUAAAGUCAUUAAAGGAUUGUUUGUUUUGACAAAGUGA